CUUCUUUCUUGAGUGAAAUUGAAAAUGAAACAGUUUGAAAGAAAUUUAGUGCUAAAUUGUAUCAGAUUUAAUCUUCUCAAGCCCAUAAACUUCGAUAGAAGAAGAAUGGCAUUUUGGUCUCUAUUUCUCGUUGCGUCGACGCCAAGCAUACAAGUUCUCCUCAUCGGCCUCCUUGGCGCUUACCUCGCCAGCGGACACAGCAACAUUCUCACUGCAAGCACAAGAAAAGAUAUGAACAAGAUUGUAUUUGCAGUCUUCACUCCAUCUCUCAUGUUUGCGAACCUAGCAAAGUCCGUGACUCUUGAAGAUAUCAUAUCCUGGUGGUUUAUGCCGGUAAAUAUUGCGAUUACUUUCGUUGUUGGAGGAGUUCUUGGAUGGAUUGUAGUGAAGAUAUUGAAACCAGAGAGACAUCUUGAGGGUCUAGUCAUGGCUACUUGCUCUGCAGGAAAUCUUGGCAACCUUCUGUUGAUCAUUGUCCCUGCAGUUUGUAGUGAAGAAGGAAACCCUUUUGGAGAUCGAAACAGUUGCAGCAUUGACAGUUUUUCCUAUGUAUCCUUCUCGAUGGCGCUUGGGGGGUUCUUCAUAUGGACACAUUCCUUUAGUCUCAUAAAGAAAGACAGCAAAACAUAUCAUGACGCACUUCUUAUGAAUGGCAACGAGAAUUCAGGGAUAAAUGAUAAAGAUCAAACUAAAGUUCCUCUGUUGUCCCAUAGGACGUCAAGCGAAAACAAGCUGAGUUCAUGGGAGAAGUUGAAAGGAACUCUACAUCAAAUUGCUGAGGAGCUAAUGGCUCCACCAACUGUGGCAGCAUUUAUUGGUUUCUUUGUUGGUGCCAUAACUCCAUUAAAAUACCUAGUUAUCGGAGACAAUGCUCCUCUGAGAGUUAUCCAAGACUCGGUUCAGUUACUAGGGGAUGGAACGAUACCCUGCAUUACUCUCAUCAUGGGCGGUAACCUAACUCGAGGGUUUCGCAAGUCACUAUUGAAACCUAUGGCAAUUAUAUCGAUCAUCUGUGCACGAUAUGUGAUCCUUCCUCUUGUUGGCAUUGCUGUAGUAAAAACAGCCUAUGAGCUAGGUUUUCUACCACAUGAUCCAUUGUACAGAUAUGUGCUAAUGAUUCAGUUCGCUGUCCCUCCAGCAAUGAACAUUGGAACGAUGGCUCAACUAUUGGAUGUUGGUCAAGAUGAAUGCUCGGUGAUCUUUCUGUGGACAUAUCUGGUUGCAGCUUUAUCACUAACGGUGUGGUCAACAGUCUUCAUGUCAAUCUUGUCUUAGAUUAGUAAAAAGAAUCAUUCUAUUCUUUACAAAAGGUCUUCAUGGCUCUGAAUCAAUAUGAUUUUUGGGCCUGCAUAAAUUUUGCAAAUGUGCAUGCAGAACUAGGAGGGGGUAUUGAUUGUAAGUAAUUCAUGGUUCUCUAGGGCAAAGGGUUAGAAGUGUCAAUGCUGAAGAUCAAAGUUUUUGUUAAUUAUAGGUGAAUGCAACAAGAUUUGUCAUUCUUUUCUGUAUGGACAGUCAAUUUUGUUCAGGUAAGAGACGAAGAUUCUAUGUUUGCAGCAAUUAUGGUAUGUAAGGAGAGAUGGAUGAAAAUAUGUAUUUCAAUCAAUAGGAAACAGUAUAACACAA